CGCUGUCCGGUGGAAAUCGACCUGAAUGAGAGUUUGUCCAAUUGUUGGAAGAGGUUUGUUUAGUUUCUCAAGGCAAGUAUUUCAUGCAACCCGAGUGCAUGUUUUACAAGCGUUUAUGGGAUUUAUUUUGUUCGGCGCAUGGGGAGCUCGUGUUGAUUUUCGGGAUUGCUACACCUCUUUGUGAGCCCACAGGCAGAACUGACUUCCACAAUGUUCACGCACGAAACGGACGGCUUCAUUUGAAAAUCGACUUCAGAAUUUGAAGACUUAAAAGGAUGAAUGGAUUUACUCUGUGGGGGACUCGUGCAAAAGAGCAACUAUGUAUAAAAUCCCUUUACAACUCUUGGAGCACAGAUGCAUAAAGGAUCAAAGUUGGAAUAUUAAUGGACCAAACUCGAAUAAACUAGGAUGGAUUCGUGCGUUUUUGUUGAUGCUCCUGAUUUGCAAAUUACCCGAACUUUCUAUGUGUGCAAGUGUGGCAGGAACCAAAGUUGAACACGAAGGAUUUUGUCCAAACAAGCUGAAUUCCAACCUCUGGGUUGAUGCGCAAAGCACCUGCGAGAGGGAAUGCAACAUCGACGAGGACUGUGCUGACUUUGAGAAAUGCUGCACCAACGUGUGUGGUCUCAACAGCUGUGUGGCUGCACGUUUCUCUGAUGGUAUUCCUGCCCAGCCUGAUGGGGGAGGAGGAACUGAUGCUCCCUCCUCCACAGCUACCUGUGAGGGCUUCAUCUGCAGCCAGCAAGGAGCCACCUGUGACAUCUGGUUAGGACAACCCAUCUGCAAGUGCCAGGACCGGUGUGAGAAAGAACCCAAUUUCACCUGCGCCUCAGAUGGCCUCACCUACUUCAACCGCUGCUACAUGGACGCGGAGGCCUGCAUCCGUGGGGUUUCUCUUACAGUGGUCACCUGCCGUUUUUACCUGGCUGGGCCCCACACCAGUCCACUGCCUCAGGACACUACGGCCAACCCUACCCCUACAUCCUCCCAGGAAGACCUCAUGUUCCCAACGCUGUACUCAAACCCUCACCACCAGUCCAUCUAUGUUGGAGGCACAGUCAGCUUCCACUGUGAUGUUAUUGGAUCCCCAAAACCUGAUGUGACAUGGGAGAAGCAGAGCGAACGGCGUGAGCAGCUUGUCAUGAGGCCCGACCAGAUGUAUGGCAACGUGGUGAUCACCAACAUCGGUCAGCUUGUCAUCUACAACGCCCAGGUGUGGGAUACGGGUAUCUACACCUGCAUUGCGCGGAACUCUGCAGGAGUUCUUCGAGCAGACUACCCUUUGUCCGUAAUUCGGCGGGGUGAGGACGACUUCUCUGAUGAUCCUGAGAUGCCCAUGGGGCGGCCCUUCUCGCCAGCAGACUGCCUGGCUUCAGUAGACUUGAGAGUGUGCAGCAGCGAGCGUCACGUGGACUGGUUUUACGACAGCAAGCUGAGCACUUGCGUGGCCUUCAGCAACGGAGGAUGCGAUGAUAGCCGCAACCGAUUCGAGACUUACGAGGAGUGUAAGGCCUCCUGUCAGAAAGAGGGGAUGGGCAUCUGCUUCCUGCCUACGGUCCAGGGUCCCUGCAAAUCUUGGGAGCCACGUUGGACCUGGAAUUCUGUCCUUAAACAGUGCCAGGCCUUUGCCUAUGGUGGCUGCCAUGGGAAUGCCAACAGCUUCAACAGCAAGAAGGAGUGUGAGGCGAACUGCCCACAGGCCAAAAAGAAACCUUGCAAGGCCUGCCGGGUGAAGGGGAGAAUGGUGCCCAGCUUAUGCCGGAGUGACUUUGCUAUUGUGGGGCGACUGACGGAGCUGGUGGAGGAUCUGGACUCUGGAUUAGCUCGCUUCAGCUUGGAGGAAGUCCUGAGAGAUGAAAAGAUGGGAUUGACUUUCUUCAAUACCAAGCACCUGGAGGUGACUAUCGCCAAGAUAGACUGGAGCUGUCCCUGUCCUAACAUUACCAUGGAGGAAAACCCUUUGCUGGUGAUGGGUGUGGUGCAGGACGGCAUGGCCAUCAUCCAAUCAGACAGCUAUGUAAGAGCCAUAACUGAACGCAGACUCAAGAAGUUACGUGAUGCUCUGAACAAAAAGACCUGUGGAUAGAAGGCCUGGAGUAGGACUAGUCUGGGGUCCCCUUUACCUUAAGCACUGAAAUCAGAAAAAAAGCUGAUAUUUAAUUAUGAGUCUUGAAAUCAAUCAACCCAAAAUGUGUUAAAAUACUGUAAAGGAAUAUUUCACCCUCAAAAUGAUCAUCAGUUGCUCACACCGUGUUAACUUCAAUGUUUUUGUAACUUUCAUUUCAAAGAGAAGGCUUGUGGGAUAAACAAACUUUUCUUCAAAUUUUUCAAGAAUUUAUAUCAACACAGGGAAUAAUUGAUGUUUUAUUUUGUGGGGGAAGUAUUCCUUAAAUAAGACAUGAGAUAAAAUAUCUACUAUACUGUAUAUAUUCAUUACAACACAGGUUGUACUACAUUCCAGGUGUGUUGCGAGUCUAAUACCAAUGUUAUGUUAUUUUUGAAAUAAGAUCAAAUAUAGAUGUUCUUUUUUAAAUAAAUGUAUUCUUAAUGUUUUGAAUUAGAAUAGUAGGCUGAAGUACAGCCACACAAGUGGAUCAACUUGUAAAUAUGCUUAGCUAGUGCUCUCUAUAUUACGUUUUUCUAUGAAAUUGUAUUAAUUUUAUUUUAAAAUAGCCUUUUUAUACCAGUCUUUCGUCCAUAGGUGUUUUAUAUAGUUUUUGUUUUGUUAUGAAUGAUUUCAAUAUCUUAUAUGCAGCACGUUCUCUUUUAAAUAUCUCCCUCUGCAAAGCACUUCUGCUAACUUAGAAAUAGAAAGGAGUAGGUGGCUGUACGGAGAUAAAAAGAGUACAAACACAUCAUAUCAGUGAGCAUUUUUUACUCAAGUGUGCAAUACAGAAGAAUAUAAUAGAGUAAAUGGAGUAGAAUGCCAGUUCUGAGUAAACAAUUGCAUUGAUGUCAAUGUGUACCAGAAUAUGGGAAAACCAUUUAUUAAAAGUUCCGGGGAAUUUGGCAAAGUAUCUGAGCUUCAAGUGUAGGUUAAGGCGUUUGGACCGUUGUGCUCCCCAUACUGGACCUCAGGACACUUCACACCAAACUCUCUUUCCUGAACAGAAGACACUUGUUGUUGGCAGGCAUGUCCAUCUGGAAAGGAAAACAUUUGAAAAUCAGACUUUAGUAAACUAGUAAUCCCAUAACUGCACUGUUUGUUUAUGAUGUUUGAAUGAGCUUUGUACUCACGAUUUUCUCCAGGAAUAAACCACUUCUCUCUGCUAUAGAACUGAGGAAGGAGAUAUCCCUGAGUCCCCACUCUGAGUUCCUGUAAGAUUAAAGGCAUACAGUCACCUUUGCAUUA